GCCAAGCGGAUCAUGUCAAGGGCGGAGGCGCUGAAGGAGUUGAACCUUCGCUCGCUGCUGAGGGAGCUGAGGACUGACAUUGCGAUGGCUGUGGUGGAUGCUUUCCCUCUCGUCUAUGGUCUGGCAGACAAAAACAUCAUCACAGAGCAACAGCUGAAGAACACUCUGGAGAUGGAGGGUAGGGAGGGCAUCCACAAGGCCAUGUACUCCCUCCUGACCUGGGUUUUGGAGCAGAGCAGAUCCAUCAUCCGGGCUUUCUGGAGCUACCUGUCUAAAGACUACAACCUGGAUAGUUAUCCCAAACUAAACUCACUGCUCGCUAAUCUACACUCCAGUGAGGAGGCUGCAGCUGCAGCCACCGACAGGGUUUGCUCGCGUUCCUCCUGGCGUCAAAAAACCUCCCACAGCAGGAAGAGGAGCAUCAAGGACAGUGGAUCAUCACACUCGCGGUGUUCACAGUACCAGGCCACAAAAAGUGACGGGAAAGGAAGUAAAAUGAAGCUCUACAGAGUGAAGAAUGAAGCUUCUAUCCUGCAGGAGAGAAAAAGUAACCACACGAUUGUCACUAAUUUAAAAAUGUGAAGGUUCCUCUUCAUCUGCCCCACUCCUGCAGCUGAUCUGUCAGUGAGCCAUGAGGUCAGGGAAAAGGUUUCCAUCAAGCAACUCUGCAGCUCAGACGGAUCCACUGGUAACUCCAUGAAAACUGAUGAAGAGUUUUACGCCUGUGAUCCAGCAGAGCAGACAACUGCGGCAAAGUGUGUUGAAGACGUGUUGCAGCACCAGGGGGAGACACACACACACACGAUUCACUAUAAUGAUGAUGAGUGUGCGGUGUGUAAGGAUGGAGGGGAGCUGAUCUGCUGUGACGGCUGUCCUCGAGCCUUUCACUUAAGCUGCCUGGACCCUCCCCUCAUGUCCAUACCAAGCGGCUCCUGGCAGUGUGAGUGGUGCUGUGGACACAGGGUCAAAGAGGAGCAGGCCCAGCUCCCUUUACAAGCGGCCGGAGAGCUGCCGGGUGUGAGGGAGGUGUGUGGCGUUUGUCACCUCGGAGGAGGAGACCUGACUCACUGCCUUCAGUGUCUGGAGCGUUUCCACACGCACUGCCACUUCUCCAAAGGGAGGUCUGUCUGCCGGUCCUGCUGCAGGCCCUGGGGCAACUCUGCAGAGAAAGAGGUUGAAUCCAGAAGCCUACAGGUCGCACCGGUGGUCCAGAGCACACCCAGUGCCCCCAUCGCUGAGCCUGUCCUCCAUAAAGAUGAACUGGACUCCAUCCUGGGAGACAAUUCCAUGGAUGGCAUCUUGCAGUGGGCUUUCACAAACAUUUCUCGGCCCCUUCCCGACUCUCAAGGAUGCUACCAGUGA